GAGAGACAGGCUGUGCGAGAGAGAGAGAGAGAGAGAGAGAGAGAGAGAGAGAGACAGGCGAUGAGACAGCGAGAUACAGUGAUGGAUCUCUUUAAUACUAAAAAGAGAAAGAGAGCGGAGAAAAGAUCUGGACGCAGACAAAAGAAGACCAAACGUCAGCGUGACCAGCAUGUGACCUGCGGACCUGUAAUGGAGGAACCAACACCUGUACGGGACCCUUGGAACACCUUAAAAAAAAUUGAUGAUUGCCUUCAGACCUUUGAGGAGUAUGGACAAGAGGCCUACUUCUUUAAUAAAGGACUGGAGAAGGACUUUUCACCAUCAGGUUUCCUAGCAAACCAGCAUGAGAUAGAUCCAACCCUUUGGCAGGAAGUCAUCAACAUCUUAAUUAAAGUGCACAGGCACUUUUCAUUUGACUUUUCUAACUUGAGCCUUGCAGUCAACUACAUGGCAAGGUACAUCUCCCACAGGCAAGUGAAAGCUACCAUCUUGAAGCCACUGGGGGCUACCUGUUUGUAUUUGGCCACAAAGAUCAUGCACAGAAAUCGUCCUUCAGUAGAGGAGUUCCUGGAGCUGUUUGGGGAAGCAUGUUACACACCUGAAUACAUUGCAUAUGUUGAGAAGAACCUUAUAUACCAACUUGAAUUUCGGUUGCAAGCACCUACCAUUGAUUUUUUCCUUGAACACUUUUCCCUAAUGAGAGUUUCCAGUGAGAAGUGUUCAAAAAGCAACAUCACCAGAGCAGCCAAUGCCCUUACAGCUGCCAGAGGAAUAGCAGCACUGGCCAUGUCAAAGUAUGAUUUCCAUUCUUACCUACCAUCUCUAUUGGCUCAGUGCUGUCUUAAAGCUGCAGACCAAAUACUUGGAUAUAACAACCCAGAUGAAGAGUACCUUGGGGAUUAUCCUGCCCACCUCAUGCAGGAAUGCUUGGAAAAAACAUUUCUCCUGGUGUCUGCAAACAAGAACUUCUUGCAACAACUAAUGCCAGAAGUGUUCCCAUAG